AUGGAACCGUUAUGGUUGCUGGUGCCGCUUUUGCUGCUUAAUGGGAUAGAGUUCGGAGUUGCAGAAAAAGGCAACCGCUGGCAGAAAUAUCUGGAUAAAAUAACAAAAGCCACUCAGAACUACAAGCCAUGUGACCAACAAAACUGCAGCUGUCAUCUCAAUGUCCUAAAGAAAGACCUGGCUCCGUUCAGAGGCGGGAUAUCGGAGGAGUUAAUGAGUAGCACAGUGCGACGUGGUGUCGGAACCCAUUAUCAGAUUAUAGCACACAAGCUUUACAGAGAUCAAAACUGCAUGUUCCCUGCGAGAUGCAGCGGAGUGGAGCACUUCAUCCUUGGGCUGAUUGACAGAUUGCCAGAUAUGGAGAUGGUGAUUAAUGUGCGGGACUAUCCUCAGAUCCCUGAGUGGGUUCAGCCAGUGCUGCCUGUCUUGUCUUUCAGUAAGACCUCUGACUACCAGGACAUUAUGUACCCGGCCUGGACGUUCUGGGAGGGGGGUCCUGCUGUGUGGCCCAUUUACCCGACCGGACUGGGCCGCUGGGACCUCAUGAGAGAGGACUUGAGAAAGUCGGCGGCUCGUUGGCCGUGGAAGAAGAAGACCUCCAGAGGGUUCUUCAGAGGGUCCAGAACCAGUCCGGAGAGAGACCCCCUCAUCCUGCUGUCCAGAGAGGAGCCAGCGCUGGUGGAUGCAGAGUACACUAAGAAUCAGGCCUGGAGAUCUGAGAAGGACACGUUGGGUCGUCCCCCUGCCAAAGAGAUCCCGCUGGUCGAUCACUGUGAAUACAAAUACCUUUUUAAUUUUCGCGGAGUGGCGGCGAGUUUCCGCUUCAAGCAUCUCUUUCUCUGCGGCUCUCUGGUCUUUCACGUGGGGGAGGAGUGGUUAGAGUUUUUCUAUCCUCAGCUGAAGCCCUGGGUUCACUACAUCCCAGUCCGACAGGAUCUGGCCGACCUCAGAGAGUUGCUGCAGUUUGUGAAGGAAAACGAUGACAUCGCAGAGAGCAUUGCUCAAAGGGGUCAGAGGUUCAUCCAGGACCACCUGCGCAUGGAGGACGUCUCGUGUUACUGGGAGAGACUUCUCACCGACUUCAGCUUGCUGCUCAAGUACAAGCCAAAACGGAAAUCCAACUAUAACCAGGUCGUCCACAGACCCAGCAGAACUGAGCUUUGAUUGGAAAUUUCUCUCUCCGUCUCUCUCUCUCUCUCUCUCUCUCUCUCGCUCUCUGGGGGAAGAACUCCUUCAUUCG